AUGAAUAACAAUUAUUGUUCCAAAAGUACAACUCAGCGAACAAGAGAAUAUAUGCGUCAAUACCGAUUUCAACGUCAGCAAAGCGAAACUUUGCGAAUGCUCGAAAGUGAUGAAGAUGAAGAUGCUGCUAUGAACAUAUCCAACUCAAUUGACUCAUCAGCUGAUGAUGAUGUUUCAGAUAAUCAUAUUCCUGUCGGUAUUGAUCAACCUGUUUCACCAUCAUCAUCAUCUGAUCAUGAAUCAAAUUCUGAUAGUGACAAUAAUGAAGAAACAGAUGGCGAUUGUGUUAAUGAUUUCGUGUUAUUACAUGAUGUGAAUAAUCAAACGAAGUUAUUCCCAGGAUGUCCGUUGUCUAUACGUGAAGCUUGUCUUGCCAUUGUUAAAUUAGCUCGUCAUUUGAAUUUAGAUAAAAGUGGAAUGAAAGAACUAUUGAAUGGUAUUCGAUGUCUUUUCCCUGCAGAUGUUAAGUUACCACGUACAGUCAAAAAACUGUUGAUGGUAAUUGGUUUUGAUUAUUCUAAGCGAGUACUAUAUUAUUGUCGUGAAUGCUUAUGUCGUUUGCAAACUCCUGAACAAACUACAUGUAUUGAUGGUUGUUCUUUGAAUAAACAGCGGCGUCCAUUUAUGAAUGUUAUUGAAUUAGUAUUUAACGACGUGAAAGAUGAGAUUUAUUCAACCGCUAAACGAUAUAUAAACUUGAUAAACGAAUAUUCUACUUGUUCAAGUGCAAUUUUUCCUAGCGAUGUUCCAAACGGUUCAAUUUAUAAAAGAUUAACAAAUAAGAAUAAAAAACAAUUGACCAUUAUGUUACAUACAGAUGGUGCACCUGUUACAAAAAUUGGUGGAAAAUCCUUAUGGCCAAUUCAAGCAACAAUACUCGAAAUUCCUCCUCCAGUGAGGGAUCGUGCAAAUGCUGUUAUGGUGUUUGGAGCCUGGUUGGGCAGUACACAUCCAAACCGACAACUUCUUUGGAAUAAUAUUGUGGAACAAAUUCGAUCUUUAUAUGAAACUGGAAUUACAGUUAGAUUGAACAAUAACAAAAAAGUCAAAUAUAACAUUCGUGUACAGUUGAUUACUUUUGAUUUACCUGCACUUGCUCAUAAUUGCAACAUAAUUCAAUUCAAUGGCUAUGAUGCAUGUCCAUUUUGUAAAAUACAUGGAAUUGCUAUUGGAACACAAGUAUUUUACCCUUAUUCACCAACGCCAUCACUACUGAAAUCUGAUCGCGAUUAUCUUCAACUGGCACUAGUGAAUUUACCGAAAUCAAGAACAAACGGCAUCAAAGGGCCAACUCCAUUAACCAAAAUCUUGCUAUUUCCUGUGCAAAUAUGUAUCGAUUAUAUGCAUCUAGUUUGUAGUGGCCAUUUCAAAACAUUAAUCACAUAUUGGAGCAAUCUGUUAUUACCAAAUGUCUUCGAACAAGCUUCGACAUUGUUAUCAUCUGUAACAUUGCCACAUUCAUUUGGAUACCAAUUUAUGCAACUAACUCAGUUUACCAAUUGGAAAACAAAAAUGUUCAGAGACUUUCUGUUGUACUGUUCGCCGAUAUUUGUCAUCUUAUUUCUACCUGAUAAGUUAGCAUUGCAUUUUCUACAUUAUUUUGCAUACAUUCGUGUCUUACACUUUUAUCAAAGUCCAAAUGAAUUAGAUGGCAUCGAUGAGUCAUUUUCUUUUUACUUCGAACAUUUGUCUGAACAUUAUGGUCCUAAAUCCGAACUCUGUACAGUUCAUUUACAUUCACACCUUCUAGCACAAGUCAAAAGACACGGAUCUUUAUCUAUGACUUCUUGUUUUCCUCGAGAAUCAUACAUUGGUAAUGCUGUUAAAUGGUGUCAAGGCAAAAAGUAUAUGUUGGAGCAAUUUAUUACGUGGUACAAGGUUGAUCGAAGUUUAUAUUCUGAUAGCAAAUUAGAUAUUAAUAAAUUAUUUUCAAAUGGGCAAUUAGAUGAUAAAUAUUUAGAUAAAUUGUUAGUUACAUCUAUGAAUGACAAAUUCACGAAAUGCUGUGAAAAACAAAAUAUUCCGCUCGAUAAACAAAAUCCUGUUAAACAAUUUGCUCGUUAUUUUCGAGGAAUAAAAGUAUUUCAUUCGUUGUCCUAUCAACGUGGUGGAUAUGCGAUUAGCUACUGGGUUUCUUUUAACAGUAACGAAUGCUUGAAGAACCAUGGAAUUUGCUUUGGCGAAGUUAUUUAUUAUUUCAAACACGAUGAUAAAGAUUAUGCAUUCAUAAAACAUUAUCGAUGUAUUAAUAAAACCUUAGCAGAUGGUUUAACUUCCGUCCAUGUUUCACAAAAUCUGAUGAAUCAAUUGAAUAAACAUUAUCAUUUUUUUCAUGAUGAGAAAUAUUCUUAUAAUAUUGUAUUAGUUACUUCGAUAAUGAACAAAACCAUUCGUAUGCCAUGGAUUGAUCCGAAAGUAUCGGUUUUUACUGAAAUUGAUAUGACAACAACGACACCACGUCCACAACGAACAACUGCAGGUCAUACAUCCAAAUAUGCCGAUUAUUCAGUUGUUUCUUUUCCACAAUUGAAGAAGCAUUCAAUUAUAAAAACGUCAUUAAUCAAUAUCGAUCCACUCAGUCCCGCAGGUACUCAAGUAGGCAAUAUCAAGGCUUAUGGUGAUCGAAAGAAGCUAAUGAUUAUCAAAACAGGUACUCGUCAAGAAAUGGAAGAAAUCUCCAGUAGAUUUUCAAAAGAAGCAGGAAGUGAAGAAAUUGCUAUUCCUGAACGUGAGUGUGAGUAUGAACAAGAUGUUGGUUGUAUGUCUAUGAGCGGAAACAUCGAUGACAAUGGUAACGAUGAUGACGAUGAAUAUACUCCAUCAGCACAUUUGAUUAAAAAACCAACACUGACAACGACACCAAAUCAACGCAAACAAACAAUUAGAGCAACAACUAACUUUUCACCUUUAUCACCAUUAAAUUUUGACCAAGGUGAUGAUGAAGAUUUUAGUCGCAUUUUACCAAGCGUUAGUCGAUCAUCAAUUGCGAAAUCAGAUAAACGUAAAAACACCGAAAUAGAUACCAGUUCGUUUUCUAAUUCAUCCGACGAUGAGCAUGAAGUUUCAGGAAACCGUUGGUCAAAUAAUAAAGAAAAUUUAACAAAGUCCAAUGUUGAUUUAUCAAAUUUAAAAAAUAAGAAGUCGAAAAAGAAGAGACAACGAACAGAACAAGUAGUUGUUCAACAAUCCAAUUCGGAAUGUCAAGCUUUAGCUACUGAUAUAGAGCUUAUCAAAAAACGUUUAACAAGAUUAGAAAAAUUGUAUGGUAUAGUGAAACGAAACUCAAGUUUUGAUCAAUCGAGAAAAUCUGCAACACAAAAUUCUCAAAGUAGUAUGACGGAAGAUGUUUUAAUAAAAGUUCAGGAAAUCUUUGGUGUUGAUCCAAGUACUUUGACAUCUCCGAUUAAUCGACCAACUAAGAUUAUGCGAGAAUUGUACAAGAAGUCGGAACAUGAUCUUUCAAAAUGGAAAGAAUAUAUUGAACCAAACGAGGUGGUUUUGAAAGAGUUUAUUCAACAAAAAUGUUUAAUUUUACCGGAAGAUAUUCCGUUUACUUGGACAACAAUUAUUAAUUCCAUGACACAAAUGCCAUAUGAUGCGAUCAAGUACAAAGCAAAGCCAACUGUUGAUACAAUCAUCGCAACAGAAGAACCAAGAGAUCCAUCACCGGCAACAAUCAAUGACUAG